AUGUUUCUUGAUGAGUUCCAACUUCCCAGAUACCUUUUACCUUCAAGUACGGUUCGAAUGAUGGCCUUCAGAGCAGUCAAGACAGUCGAUGAUUUAGUAACGGUCGUCAGGAUUCAUCGAUGGAGUUCUUUGUCACGUUCAGGAAGUCGUCAAAAUCAGUCAAGAUCCUCAUCACCUCGUAAUUCGUAUUACUCUACAUGGAAACCAUCGAGCGUAGAACCUACUAUUGGACUCGAAUUGCAUGUUCAAUUGGCUAGUUCAUCAAAGUUAUUUUCUUCAGCUCGUGGUCCAACUACCGAACUGGAAAGUAACACAAAUGUAGCUCUAUUUGAUGCUGCUAUUCCAGGAACCCAACCAAUCUUAUCUUGGGAUUGUCUUAGAUUAGCUUUAGUAGCUUCUUUAGCUUUCAAAUGUGAUGUUCAAUCUAUCAUUGGAUUUGAUCGUAAACAUUACUUUUAUCCUGAUUUACCGGCUGGUUAUCAAAUCACUCAACAUUAUUCUCCGAUUGCAAGAAAUGGCAAGGUUUCUAUUGGUCCAAGAGAUGGUUCAGAUAGGCAAUUUGAUGUGCGGAUCAAGCAGGUUCAAUUAGAACAGGACACUGCAAAGUCUUACAAGGAUCCAUUGGGUGACAACAUCCUGAUCGAUUUAAACAGGAGCGGAGCGGCUUUGAUCGAGAUAGUCACUGAGCCAGACAUCCAGUCCGCACGCGAAGCGUCGAUAUUUGUGCGCAAGCUCCAAGCGAUUUUAAGGGCUACUGGAGUUUCGAAAGGCAAUAUGGAACAGGGUUCUUUGAGAUGUGAUGUGAAUGUAUCAGUCAAACCGAAAGGAUCUACUUCAUUUGGCACAAGAUGUGAAAUCAAAAACGUAAAUGGAUUUGGGAACAUUGAGCAAGCGAUUACAUACGAGGUUAGGAGACAAGCCGCUUUGAUAGACCAGAAUCAGGAUGUCGUGUCUGAAACGAGAGGAUUCGAUAUGGCUAAGCAAAGUACUUAUCGACUUCGUAGCAAGGAAACUGUUACAGAUUAUAGAUAUAUGCCUGAUGCAGAUAUCCCACCAAUCUCAAUUCCACAGAAUAUCGUAGAGCAGUUUAGAGAACUGGUUCCUGAACUACCGGACCAAACAGUCGAUAGGAUCCAUUCGAAAUACAAAAUUCCUAUUAAGACAUCAGAGAUUUUAUUGGCUAUCGGACAGGAUAGUAUUGAUAAUGUUUUAGAUGUGGGAUGUGGGGUACGAUUUUUUGAAGCGGUUAUGUCUGUUGUUCAACCAGAAAUAAAUGGUAAACUUGUUGCAGAUUGGAUUCUGAAUGAUUUGCUUGGUUUGUUAUCAAAAUAUGGGAUUGCAUUUGUUGAUACUCCAAUCAAUCCGAACGAAUUAGCUCGUUUGAUAAAUAGCGUAGCAAAGAAGGAUGUUCCGAACCUAGAAACCAAAGAUCUGAUCAAGUACUCGUUCCUGAACCCUUUCAUGACAGGACCUAUUGCUCGCGAGAUGUUGGAGCGCGCUAUACAAAAUGAACGCGGUUCAUUAUCCCAACAGCUUGAAGACUAUCUAAAGCUUCCUAAUCAGACGGAGACGAUAUCAACUGAAGAAUUGGCAGUUGAAAUAAUCAGGGAUAUGACACGUGAGGUGACAUUGAUUAGACGUGGUGGACAUGAUCAAAUCGUUGGGAAACUUGUAGGAGAAGGUAUGCGUCGAAGUCAGCGACGUGCAGAUCCAGUUGUUUUGAAGUCUACUCUUGAAAGAUUGUUAGAUAUUUCAAAGGAUGUUGGUACAUGA